UUCGCCACCGACUCGGUCGAUCUUCGGACGCCGACGCUAAAGAUGGAUACCGCGGAAAGUCGUGUGGUGGGAACGGGUCGGGCGAUGUAGCAGGAUUAGUUUUGGUAGUAACUACAACCUGCGCGUUUCGGCGUUUGGCAGUUCAGCAGUUGCCAGUUUUCCUCCUCAGUACAGUCUUUUGCUAGUCAUCUCCCCGUCAGAUUGGUCCGUAACGGAGACCGAACCUUUAACCGCCAUCAUACCACAGGUGCAUACUCAGUAUAGGCAUUUGUCAGUGUGCAUAUUUAAUAACGUCAAGUGUUCGUUGUUGUAAUUCAGGUGUUCAGUGCCCAAAACGCUACAGUCUCGUGCACGUCACCCACAACUCGUUGUCCAGAAGUACGGAACAGCUGUUGCUACGAUCAAAAGUUUCCGCAACUGUUAACAAUACACCUUUGCAGCAAUAUGAACCCCAACAACCAUGUAUGUCAAUUUUACCUGCAAAAAACUUGUCGGUUUGGAGAUAAAUGUUGGAAUAGACAUGAAAAGUCAUCAUAUUCAAGCAAUAAACAUCAACAAGUACAUCACAAUGUUCAGCAGAAAUUUACUAUCAAAUCAAGUGCACGUUCAGCUUUAAAUUCUGCUCAGAAUAUAAAUCAAAUACAUCCAAAAAAAUCAUCAAUAAAAGAUAUGUUACAAUUGAGAAAUAAAAAUAAAAAGCUUAUCAAAAAAAUCAAUUUGCUUGAAACAUCAGUUGAUACACUUAGCAGUCAAUUAAAUUGGCAAGAGAGAAAGAAUGCUAAGUUUAUUGAUGAAUUUAAUAUAAUGCGGUUGAAUGACGAAGAUUACAAAUGCCUUAUUUGUUUACGAGUAUUCAUAAGGCCAAUUUUGCUGGGCUGCUCGCACAUGUUUUGUGAAUUAUGCAUUGAUAGAUGGAUAGUGGAUAAUCAAAAUUGUCCAACAUGUGAUAAUUCAAUAGUCAAACGCUCAUAUUGUUUAAGUAUAGACAAUUUCAUCAAAAGGAUGAAAGAAAAGAUACCAGAACAUAAAGUCAAAAUGAAGUUCAAGAAAUUAGAAGAAUCUAGAGCUGAGGAUAAAUCAAAAAGUAAAACUGAUAAUGAUUUUUUUAAUAAUUACUUUUUACUCUAA